AUUUGAUUCAAUAGAUUUACGAAUAAACUACAUAUAUCGUCAGUUUGUUUUUAUUGUAUCUUAGAUCAUUCUCAUUAUGACUCAAAUCACAAAAUUAAAUAAUCCUCAACCGUCUAUUCCAAAUUAUCUACGAGAUACUUGGAUAGAUAAGCAUAAUAAAACUUCCCAUAAACCCAUACAAUUACCUACGCACUGGAAUCCUAGCGAGUGUUCGCCUAAUUUGAAGAUUCAAGAUGGUCUUCAACUUUUAUACAUAGGACUUGGAAGAAAUAUUUGGGAUACUGGAGCUGUGAGAGCUAAUUGUCCUAUUCCUUGUGAAGCUGGAAUAUAUUAUUUUGAAAUGGAGGUUAUCGAUAUGGGUGAACGAGGGAAUAUCGGUUUGGGAUUUGGAAAGAAAAGUUGUCCUCUCACUAGAAUGCCAGGAUGGGAAAAAGAUUCGAUAGGAUAUCAUGGUGAUGAUGGAUUGGUCUUCUUUGAAAGCCCGGUUGGCAGAGAAUAUGGUGCUUUAUAUUCAACUGGGGAUACGGCUGGAUGUGGGGUUAAUUUCUUAAAUGGGACCGUAUUUUUUACAAAGAAUGGAAUUCACUUAGGUAUUGCAUCAACACAUAUAUUUGAUGGAGAUAUAUAUCCAACUGUUGGAUUAAUAAGUCCUAAUGAAUGUGUAGAAAUGAAUUUUGGACUGAAGCCCUUUAAAUUUGAUAUUGAUCAAUAUGCAAAGCAUGCAUUUACUGAUGCUGAAAAUCAAAAAAGCAAGAUAAAGAAAGAUUCUUGAACUAAAAAA